AUGUCUGUAGGUUCGUCUUCUAAACGCCGUUUUUCUCCUCAUUUAGCUGGCCUUCUGUCUUCCGAAAAAGGGUCCUGUUCUUCUGUUGGUAACGAUACUUUACUUUUGCCUUCUUACGAUGAUAUCGGCGAUUGCACCUUUGUUUGUAGAUUUUGUAGUGCUUUUUUCUGGUUUGAUGAAAGGGUUAUGUAUUUGUCACGUCCAGAUUGCCCUGCCUAUACGCGGUGUUGUAAAUCUGGUUCUGUUGUUUUACCAUAUCCACUUCUACCUCCUAAAUUGUUGCUUGCUCUAUUUGAUUUUCGCCCUUUCAUCAAAAACAUAAGGGCUUAUAAUAGUAUGUUUAGCAUGACGUCUUUUGGAGGUAAGGUGGAUGACACUGUUAAUAGGGCGGAUGGUCCAUAUGUAUUCAAAGUUUCUGGUCAGGUUUGUCAUUGGAUUGGUGCUUUUGAUGUUGUUGAUGAAAAAGGACCAAAGUUUUUGCAAUUGUAUAUUGUUGAUACAGACCAUGAAUUGCAUAAUAGGCUCUCUGCUUUUCCAAAAAAUGAAAAUGGCUGUUUAGAUUCAACAAUAGUUGAGGCUCUUAUGGAUCUUUUUACAGCUCAUAAUGAAUAUGUUAGAACUUUUAAAUGUGCAAAAGAUAUUGCUGCUGAAAGAAACUUACCUGAAUAUGCAGUUCGUCUUUUUAAUGAUGUUCCUAAUCGUCUGUAUGGCCCUCCGGCCCCUGGUAGUUUGGGUUGUAUUGUCGUUGGUGAAGACGUAGUUGGCAGUACAUAUGAUAUAGUUGUGCAUUCAAAAAGUGGUCCUCCGCGUAGGAUUAGUAAACUUCAUCCUAGCUACAUGCCAUUGCAGUAUCCUGUUUUGUUUCCCUAUGGUAAGGAUGGUUGGUCCCCAAGGUUGAAGCUUUUAAAUGAGCAAUAUUUAGUUGACGCAUAUGCAUGUAUUGAACUUUCGCGGCUUGAUUUUUAUGAACAAAAUCAAAAUCACCUAAGAUCAGCAUAUGUUAGUGGUAUUUACGAUGCCAUAUCACGUGGUGAUACUGAUGGUAGAAGUAUUGGUAAGCGUGUUAUUUUACCACCAUCUUUCGUCGGUGGUCCAAGGUACAUGGACAUGCAUCGCCAGUUUGAUGUUCCGAGCAGGGCAGACAUAAUCUCACGUGUUUUCCAUAUGAAAGUUAUUGCCUUUAUUAGUUAUUUGAAAUCUGACAAGACGUUCGGUCCUGUUACAGCACAUCUAUAUACUAUUGAAUUCCAGAAAAGGGGUUUACCGCAUUGUCAUGUGCUCAUAUGGAUAGCAGAUUCCCACAAGAUAAAGGAACCAUCUGCCAUUGAUGCUUACAUUACAGCUGAAUUACCUGACCCUAUUUUGGAGCCAUUAUUAUAUCAGACAGUUACAAGAUGCCUUGUACAUGGACCGUGUGGUUUGCUAAAUACUAAGUCCUCAUGUAUGAAGGAUGGUAAGUGUAAGAAAAGAUUCCCAAAAAAUUUUCGUAACGAUACAGUUUUUGACAAGGAUGGUUAUGCACAUUAUAAAAGGCGAUCUGGUGAGGUCCAUAGGUUAGAAACAGGUGUAGAAAUAGACAACAGGUUCAUUGUUCCGUAUAACAAAAGACUGUGUUGUCGUUUCAAUGCACAUAUAAAUGUCGAGUAUUGUGGGUGGAACAUGAUGAUUAAGUAUCUGUUCAAAUAUGUAUCGAAGGGAAUGGAGCGUGUUAGGUUUGUUAUUCAGAGAGAUGUGCACACUUCUGGAUCUUCUGUUUCAGUAGAACCUCCUGUCAUUGAUGAGAUUAAGAACUAUAUCGAUGGCCGUUUCCUCUGCCCUCAUGAAGCCGCGUGGCGUAUACUUGAUUUUCCGAUUCAUGACCGAGAUCCGUCAAUUGUCAUACUGCCUAUACAUUUGCCAAAUAUGCAAUCUGUGUUGUUUAAAGAAAACAUUAGUAUUAACCAGGUUGUUGACGAUCCCAACUUUGGAAGCAGUUUGUUGUUAGGUUGGUUUGAUAACAAUAAGUGGGAUAGAACUGGUCAUAAUCUUACAUAUAGCUCAUAUCCUACUAAGUACUGGUCUUAUGAAGAAGUUCGUACUGUCUCUGGCACUGUGUACUCUGAUUUUCGAGCUACCUGUGAUUCGUUAGGUCUAAUAGGGGAAGAUCGAGAGUGGAUGGACGCUUUUACUGAGGCUUCUGAAUGGGCUACAUCGUCUCAGCUUCGUUCUUUAUUUUGUUAUCUGCUCCUUUUAUGUGAUGUUAACGAUCCUAUGUGUUUGUGGCAUUUUGGAUGGAAGAAAAUGAGUGAUGAUUUGGUACACAAUAUAAAGAUGUCAAAUCCUGGUGUUGAUGUAAUUAUAGAUGAUUUGCACGUACAGCAGAUGGUUUUAUAUGAACUGGAUCAUGUGCUUAGGUCAUCUACACCUUCAAAAUCUGUUGUUGAUUUUCAUUUGCCCAAACCUACAGAGGAGACUGUUGCUAUGUUAAGAAAUAGACUUUUUUUAGAAGAGACAACGUACGAUAAGGACAUUUUGAAAGCUACUCACCAACAGAUGUUGUCGUCUCUAAAUGAUGAGCAGCUGAACAUCUACAAUGUUGUUCAAUCUGCAGAAGCUAAAAGCCAACAGAUGCUGCUUUUCGUUUAUGGCCAUUUCCUGUGGACAACAAUACUAGCUUAUUUCCGUUCAAGAGGAAAAAUAGCUCUUGCUGUUGCUGCUUCUGGUAUAGCAUCUCUGCUUCUUCCAUCAGGAAGAACUGCUCAUUCCAGGUUCAAAAUCCCAAUUGACUUUACUGAUAAUGUCGCAUGCAAUAUUACAAAAAAGACAAUGCUUGCUGAGUUGUUGAAGGUAACUUCCAUCAUUAUAUGGGAUGAGGCUCCCAUGAGUGACAAACAUUGUUUUGAGUGUUUGGACCAUUCUUUGAGAGAUAUCCUUGAAUGUGAAAGUAAAGUCUUUGGUGGUAUGUCGAUGUUAUUAGGAGGAGACUUUCGUCAGACAUUACCUGUGUCGCCAAAGACCACACCCUCUGAAAUUAUCUCCCUUACGCUGCCAAACUCGUACUUAUGGCCAUAUUUCAGUUUGUAUAAAUUGACAGAUAAUAUGCGGCUUAAAAACCUGUCCACCUCAUCUGAUAGUCAUUUAGGUAUCUCAAAGUUUGCAUCCUGGUUACUUCAAAUUGGGGAUGGACUCAUUGGUGAAAUUGAUGCAUGCGAUAAGACAAAUACCAAAUGGGUUGAGAUUCCUAUGUCACUGAUCAUACCUCCAACAAAAAACGCAUUACACAGCCUUAUAGACUUUGUUUAUGGAGAUGAUAUUCUGAAAAAAUCCUCUGCUUCGACUCUGUCUGCUAGAGCAAUAGUUUGUCCAAAAAAUGAAACAAUCCAAAAAAUAAAUGAUAUAGUUUUGCAGAGAAGUCCUGGUGAUUCAAAGAUGUAUGAAAGUGCUGACAGUAUUGAGUUCAAUGGGAACCAAAGUACAGAGUUUAAUACUUUCUAUCCAUUAGAGUAUUUGAAUGCCUUGACCUUCCCUUCCAUACCUGUGCAUUCACUACAUGUCUCAAAUAACAACAACAAUCUCAGAAUUGCAUUAUGGGUGUCCGGAACAGCGAUACAGGUAGAAUCUUGCGUAUGUGGACACCACAGAUUAGAAAUCAUGAGACAUGGUUCUUGGCUGUUGACAAAAAUGGUGAUGUGUUCAGAUUCUGGACAAAGAAAAGAUCAAAGCUUUCUACAAUCCGUUCUCAUUCCUUCUAGAUGCUACACAAUUGAGAAGUACGGAUGUGGAGUACCGGAUCGUUAUCAAAAGUGGAUCAAUAAUGAAUUCUACAUGGCUGUUGGGACAGUAUCCUCUAUUACACCUCUUCCAGACACUGCCAUUAUUCCAAAACAUUGGUUUUCUUUUGUUUCCAAAACACAGAUACCAGAUUACAAAGAUCAACAUGCAGAUUUUGUUGGCUUCUUCAGCAAGCUUAUCAACUGCACGAAAAAAGAUAGUGAACCAUACCUGUUGUUGAUACUAAAAAAUGAUUCCGGUGAAGACAUUGCAAUAAGUUUAUGGAAGGAAUUCACCAGUGUGUCUUCAAAGUUUGAUCGUGUUGUUCUCGAAAAUGCUCCUGCACCUGUCAUAGUCGCCAUAACCAGCAUAAAGAUCUCUACUUACGCAGGAGCACUACGACUUGGAACAAGUAGUGCUACUCAUCUAUACAUCAACCCACCAAUUCCAGAAAUGAAACUACUAAUGGACAGUUACAAUACAUUACCUGAGGUACCUGUUUUUUUAGAUCCUCCAAUACAAUUGUCGAAAAUACUCGACAAAAGUCAUUCUGAUCUUUCGGACAGAACUCUUACGACAAAGGCUUGCAUAAUUGAAUAUAUCUUCUCAGACUCUUGGUACCAUGUUCAAUGUCCGAAAUGCAAAAAUACAACUUUCAAACAAGGGAAAAACUGGUUUUGUCCAUCAGAUGGAAUACUUGAGUCUCCAUGUAGCACGUUUAAAUUGAAUGCAGUUAUUAAAGAUGAAAGUCAUUCCAUGACUGUUGUGCUGUCUGAUAAUGCAACACAGGAAUUACUAGGCACAACAGCAGAUAACCUCAGAUCAGACAACAACACAGAUGACAGAAAGGAAGUACCACCAAUUGCUAUCUCUUUACUAGGAACUCCAAGAAAAAUGAAAAUUCGCAUGACAAAUACAUCAAAGGACAACAACAUUCGAUUCAUUGUUACAAAUAUCGAAAAAAUGCCUUCUGAAGUACCACCUUCCAUGACAACACCACCUCCUGAUCGUCCAACUUCUUCAAAAAAUACUAAUGAAGAAAGUGCUCAGAACUACCAACAGAGUAAACAAAAUGUUAGAAGAUCACUUCCGUUUGAAAAUCCAGUUACUACAAAACGAAAAGCCGCCCGUAAAAUGGAAUAG